AUGAACAGCCUGAACGACGCGUUUGACAGACUGCGAGAUGUCGUGCCCUCAUUGGGCAACGACCGGAAGCUGUCAAAGUUCGAGACGUUGCAGAUGGCGCAAACGUACAUUGCCGCGCUGCAUGAGCUGCUUCAAAGAGAUUAG